CGCGGGGCUGGUAGCUGCGGGGUUGGAGGCUCCACCUCCAGCCCUGUCCCGAGCCCGGCGGCUGGGGGAGCUGGAGGCGGGAGGCGGGAGGCGGGAGGCGGGAGGCGGGAGGCGGGGAGCGAGGGCGGGGGCUGGGGAAGGAGCGAGGAGGGAGGGACCAGGCGCGCCAGUGACAGGGUGGCAGCUAGGGAGCGGACGCGCUGCCGCCGCCGCCGCUGCUCCACCUCCUCCUUCUCUUCUUCUUCCUCCUCCUCCUCAUCCUGAGGCUCCUGUCACCGCCUUCGCCGCCGCCUACGGGAGAAGUUUCACUCCCGGCCCUCGCUCUGAGCUCCAACGCUGAUCAGAGCCGGGAGCGCGCGGCCGGCGGCUGCACCCGUGGCGCGCUAGGCGCCCAGAGCGCACCGAUUCGGAGCCCGCGGCGGGCGGCUGGAGGCGGGCGGCGGUCCGCGGUCGGGGUUGGGGGCGCGGAGGCGGAGGCGGAAGCGGAGCCUGUGAGCCCCGGGAACCGCGCAGCGCAGCAGCGGCUCUGCCAGUGUGGGCGCAGAGGGGGGAAGCCGCGAUGGCCGUGCGCUCGCGCCGCCCGUGGAUGAGCGUGGCUUUGGGGCUGGUGCUGGGCUUCACCGCUGCGUCCUGGCUCAUCGCCCCCAGAGUGGCCGAGCUGAGCGAGAGGAAGAGACGCAGCUCCAGCCUCUGCUCCUAUUACGGCCGCUUGGCCGCUGGCCCCGGCGCCGGCGUGCAGCAGCCGCUCCCCCAGCCUCAACCCCAGCCACGGCUGGAGCAGUCGCCGCCCCCCGCGCGCGUGGUGCUCCAGGGGCCGCAGCUUCCAGAGCCUGCGCUCGGGGCAAGCAGUUUUCGGAGCAGCCCCUGGCAGCAGCCACCUCCGCUGCAGCAGAGGCUACGAGGACGUGAGCCCGAAGGCGCCACGGGACUCCCCAGCGCCCCAGUGGCAGAGCGGGAAACCGAGGAAGAGGACGGGGGCGCGGCUGGGCAGCGAAGAAGCGGCCGGCCCGGGAGUAGUCACAAUGGCAGCGGGGACGGGGGUGCUGCCACCCCGAGCUCCAGACCCCGGGACUUUCUGUAUGUGGGGGUCAUGACAGCGCAGAAGUACCUGGGCAGCCGUGCGCUGGCGGCGCAGCGGACCUGGGCGCGCUUCAUCCCGGGCCGCGUGGAGUUCUUCUCCAGCCAACAGUCAGCCGGCGCCGGGCUCGAUCAGCCCCCACCACCCUUACCUGUCAUCGCACUGCCCGGGGUGGACGACUCCUACCCUCCCCAAAAAAAGUCCUUCAUGAUGAUCAAGUACAUGCACGACCACUACCUGGACAAAUUUGAGUGGUUCAUGCGAGCCGACGACGAUGUCUACAUCAAAGGUGAUAAGUUGGAAGAAUUUCUUAGAUCACUGAAUAGCAGCAAACCACUCUACUUGGGUCAAACUGGCCUAGGCAAUAUCGAAGAACUUGGAAAGUUGGGGCUGGAGCCGGGGGAGAACUUUUGUAUGGGAGGACCUGGCAUGAUCUUCAGUCGAGAGGUUCUCAGGAGGAUGGUGCCACAUAUUGGUGAAUGCCUCAGGGAAAUGUACACAACUCAUGAGGACGUGGAAGUAGGAAGGUGUGUUCGACGUUUUGGUGGAACUCAGUGUGUCUGGUCUUAUGAGAUGCAGCAACUAUUCCAUGAAAAUUAUGAACACAAUCGCAAAGGUUACAUUCAAGAUCUUCACAAUAGUAAAAUACAUGCAGCCAUAACGCUUCAUCCAAACAAAAGACCUGCCUACCAAUACAGGCUUCAUAAUUACAUGCUCAGUCGCAAAAUUUCUGAGCUUCGCUACCGAACCAUUCAACUCCACCGAGAGAGUGCUCUGAUGAGCAAACUUAGUAACAGUGAAGUAAGUAAAGAGGACCAGCAGCUGGGAGUGAUGCCUUCUUUCAACCACUUCCAGCCUAGAGAACGUGAUGAAGUGAUAGAAUGGGAGUUCCUGACAGGGAAGCUCCUUUACUCAGCAUCUGAGAACCAGCCUCCUCGACAGAAUAUCAACGGCAUCCUGAGAACAGCACUGGAUGACACUGUUCUACAGGUGAUGGAGAUGAUCAAUGAGAAUGCAAAGAGUAGAGGACGGGUCAUUGACUUCAAGGAAAUUCAGUAUGGCUACCGCAGGGUUGAUCCUCUGCAUGGGGUGGAGUACAUUUUGGAUUUACUCCUGUUGUAUAAAAGACAUAAGGGAAGGAAACUAACUGUGCCAGUGAGACGUCAUGCCUAUCUUCAGCAAUUGUUCAGCAAGCCUUUCUUCAGAGAAACUGAAGAGCUAGAUGUCAACAGUCUUGUAGACAGCAUUAAUAGUGACACUAAGUCAUUCUCCUUUAUAUCUAACUCUUUAAAAAUUCUAUCAUCUUUUCAAGAUGCCAAAGAAAUAGGAGGGUACAGUGAAAAGAAAAUACAUAUUCUUGUUCCUCUAAUUGGAAGGUAUGACAUUUUCUUGAGAUUCAUGGAGAACUAUGAAAAUAUUUGUCUUAUCCCAAAGCAAAAUGUAAAGUUGGUUAUCAUUCUUUUCAGUGGGAAUUCUGACCAAGAUUCUAACAAGCAUGUUGAGCUGAUAAAUGAAUAUCAGAGCAAAUACCCUAACACAGAAAUGAUGUUGAUCCCCAUGAAGGGAGAGUUUUCCAGAGGUCUUGGUCUUGAAAUGGCUUCUUCCCAGUUUGACAACGACACUUUGCUGCUAUUUUGUGACGUUGACUUGAUCUUUAGAGAAGACUUUCUCCAACGUUGUAGAGACAAUACAAUUCAGGGACAACAGGUGUACUACCCCAUUAUUUUUAGUCAGUAUGAUCCAAAGGUGACCAAUGGAGGAAAUUCUUAUCCUAAUGAUGACUUUGUCUUCUCAAAGAAGACUGGAUUCUGGAGAGAUUAUGGAUAUGGAAUUACCUGUAUUUAUAAAAGUGAUCUUCUGGAUACAGGUGGAUUUGAUACCUCAAUACAAGGCUGGGGACUAGAAGAUGUAGAUCUCUACAAUAAAGUUAUUCUAUCUGGCUUAAGACCCUUCAGAAGUCAAGAAGUAGGAGUGGUACAUAUUUUCCAUCCCGUUCAUUGUGACCCUAACUUGGAACCUAAGCAGUAUAAAAUGUGCUUAGGAUCCAAGGCAAGUACUUUUGCCUCAACCAUGCAACUUGCUGAACUCUGGUUGGAAAAACAUUUGGGUGUCAGGUACAAUCGAACUCUCUCCUGACAGUUCACACAAUGCAUAUUGCCUUCUUUAAAGGGGAGUUUACCUCAUUGUUUGUUGUUUCUAUUUUGUUAUUGUUAUUUUUAUUGUUAUUAUUAUUGUUAUAAUUUUAUUUUUUUUGUUCUGGUCUUAAACUACUCUUUGGUUGGCUUCCAAGGGGUGUUUGUUGAUAUCAAGCAAGAAGAGUCUACAGUUCACUGAUAUUUCAGAUUUCUACUGAAGUCAAUAUAUAUAUAUAUAUAUAUAUAUAUAUAUAUAUAUAUAUAUAUCUUUAUUUGAUAUUGAGUUAAAUCGUGGCAAUCAAAUGACUUUUGAAGCUCAUUACCAUGAGAGACAGCUUAGAAGAAUGUUCUCUUGGGGCUUAAAGAUGCAAUAUCAACUUCUUUAUUGUUUGUCAAAUUCAAUGUGAUACAAAUAUUUACUGAUGAAAGGUACCACAAAAGUGCUUUAUGCUUCCUAUGGGGAAGGGACUCUGUAACAUAAACUUGAGUUUUGUAAUUUAUACAAGGACUUAAAUAUAUAGAUAAUAAUUUUCUUCAUCUUUAGAAUUUUAAAAGUAAAUGAACACUUAUUGUACAUUUAUUUUUUAAAGAAAUUUUUAAAAAUUGAGGAGUUUUGUUCUACAAGCAACCGGUACUGGCUACCCUAGUCUUAUGACAAUUAUGCACUCCUCAUAAUGGUCUGCUAUAAAUGCUAAUGAACUUUAUUUUCUCAAGGAAAUAUGAUUUAAUUAAAUAUCCAUGUACAUUUUAGAAGCUUUACAAAACAAUGUCCUUCAUUUGCUGGCAAGAAGAUAAAAUAUGACAGAACCUGGUUAUUUAUAAUAAAACAGGUGUAACAGUAUUCUUUUUUUUUCAAAAACACUG